AUGUUUGGAAGGUCAUGGCAUACUCUAGUGCCUAGUAUUAAGCUCGAUAACCGUGCCAUUCGACGAGUAGCAACUAUAAAUCAUAACCUGUUUUCUCGGUCAAAGCCGCCGACACGGUUUGGGUUUGGGUUUGGGUACAUCUAUCCAACGUUUGUCUUUGUAGCGGGCGCUGGAACUAUUUAUAUCAUUGACAAGGAAUACAAGUCCAAUCUAGUGACAAGAUCUGCUCGAGCAUUGUAUGUACUACUAUGGAUAGCAUAUGCCUACGGAUACGAUUCUCAAAGUUACGAGAACAUUGACGACUUGCAUGAAAUUGCAAGCGAGAGACUAUUACAGACUUUGGUUCGAAAUAAAGGUCUUUAUAUUAAACUAGGCCAGGCAAUUGCCAACCAGGGCAGUUUAUUCCCUCAAGCUUAUCAAAAGCGAUUCCCUCAGUUGUACGAUGAGGCGCCUUCGCAACCUUGGGACAAAGUCGAUCAAGUUUUGAAGCAGAAUCUCGGUUUGGAUUAUGAAGCAAAGUACUUUGAUUGGAUCGACCGUGUUCCAAAGGCUAGUGCAUCAAUAGCGCAGGUUCACAGGGCGAAACUAAAAAAGGAUUUGGGUUCUGCAGAAGUAGCACUAAAGGUUCAGCAUUAUUAUAUUGAUAACCAAAUUGCUGUGGAUUUGUGGGUUUAUAGAUUCAUUUCAAGUGUUUACGAAAGAGUAUUUGAUGUUCCCUUGAAAAUGUUCACCAGUUACGUUUCUGAGCAAAUGAUAAAAGAGACUGAUUUUGUUAAUGAAAUGAACAACUCAAUGUAUACGCAACAUCUAAUCGACCGUGAUCCGUUGUUGCAAAAUGAGAAUAUAAAAAUCCCCAAAAAUUACCCCCAGUUGACCACGAGGCAGGUACUUCCGGCAGAAUGGAUCGAUGGAAUAGCUUUGACCGACAAAGAGGUAUUGAUAAAUCUGGGGUACGAUGUAAAGUUGAUAAUGACACAAUAUAUCAAGUUACUCGGUCGACAAAUUUUUAGUUAUGGCUUUGUCCAUUCAGAUCCACAUCCUGGAAAUUUAUUAGCAAGGUUCGAUGAAAAAGGGGAACAACAAUUGGUUUUGCUUGAUCAUGGUCUUUACAUAUCCUUGCCCAGCAAAUUCAGGUUGCAAUACUGUCAGCUUUGGAAACACUUGUUUACAUUCAACAAAGAGAAAAUAGAAGAGAUUGGUCGCGACUGGGGUAUCCAAUCUGCAGAGAUUUUUGCUACACUUGUCCUGCUAAAACCGGUUAAAUUUGACUCACCAAAAAAGAAUCAAGGGGGAAAGCAAGGGGAUACGGGUCAUGAAGAUACAAGGGAUGUUUCGGACUUGUUGAGAUCUUUCAUUAAAGACGAGCUGAUGUUUCCCAAAGAGUUACCCUUUUUAACCAGAACUAUGAGAAUGAUUCAAAAUUUGAACCAACAAUUUGGAUCACCAGUGAAUCGUGUUAAUUUGUUGACAAAGGAAGCUAUAAAUGUUUUGUUAACAAAUGGGAAAUUAACCUGGAUUGAUUACUGGGACUUGCUCAAGGUUAAUGUAAGUUUGUUUUUAUCGGGUUUCAUUUUCAGGUUAAUAAGAGUACGCCAAUGGAUAACUGGAGAUAGAUAUGGCGGUAAACAAAAAGGGUUGGAGGAUUACAUUGAGAUGUAUAUGCAGAAUACUGCAAAGUCAUUGGGUAUGGAGUGGAUGUAG